AGUAUGUGAUGGGCCUCAAGGCUCUUGGGUACCGCUUGCCAACUUGAUUGAAAUUACACUCUCCAAUUGCUCAGAAAUUGAUGAAGUCCCAACGCUAGAGCACUUGCCUAAUCUCAAGUCUCUUUCUUUGAAAAAAUUGAAGAAGGUGAGGUUCAUAAAUACUUCAUUCAAUCAUUUAACGUCACUCUGUAUAAGAAAACUAGAGGUAUUGGAAUGUCUGCCAGAAUGGUUAUUCUAUAACAAUCAGGAUCUCUCAUCUUUGGCGAUAUCAAGAUGUCGUGUGUUGAGAGAAUUACCAGAUGGCUUGGACACCCUCAAUUCUUUGGAGAGUUUGUGGAUUUCGGACUUGAAAAUCUGAAGUCGAUUGGGAAUCCAAGUGGUGGAGCACGGCAAUCACAAGGGAUCCUUCGUGAGCUGAGUAUUGCAGAAUGCAGAGAGCUGAUGGAAUGGCCGUGUGAAAUGCUAGAGUCAUGGGCCCCUACAAUUGAGGAACUUAAAUUGGAAGGAUUAAGGAGGCUAAAGAAUCUACCAAUGCUAAUUGACUGCCUCGCUAAAUCAUCUACUCGUCUCGGAAGAUUGGCAAUCAAAGGUGUUCCUAAAUUGAUGGCUGUUAGUAGUGCUAGUGUUGAGAGUUGGGAUCUUAGCCGCUUGGUAUCACUACACAUAGAUGUGAGUGUGGAAUGGUCAAAAGAAGCUAGUGUUGGCAUUGCGGAGAUUGUGGAAGGGAUCCUGCAAAGAUGCUGCAACUCACUUCUAGAAUUACAAUUGAAGGGGGUGGAAAAUUGGGGGUGGCUUCCCCAAUCAAUUCAACAUCUCACUGUUCUUGAGUGGUUAACAUUGGAGAACAUAGGAGUAGAAGAAUUGCCUCAAUCAAUUCAACAUCUCGCUGCUGAGAGGUUAGAUUUGGAGAAUAUAGGAGUAGAAGAAUUGCCCCAGUGGUUGGGGAACCUCUCAUCUCUAAAGGAGUUAAAUAUAUAUAGUUGCAACAAGUUGAAGCGUCUGUCCUUUGUGGAUGCAUUGAAUCACCCCUCUAAAUUAGAAGAAUUGCAUAUUAAAGAUUGCCCGGAACUACGUAUUGAUUCGGAGUGGCGCAACCGCCAUAGCCAUCACCAUCUCAAUAUCAUGGUCGAUGGCCAACACGUUGAAUGUUGUUGCAAGUAUAGUUUAAGCCAACUCAAGACUUCAGUAAGACAGAUGGGGUCGUCGUCAUCGUCGUAGCCAGUGUCCCAGUUACCAACGUGCUAAGGAAUUGAGAUCUAUUUAGUUGCAACAAGUUGAAGCGUCUGCCCUUUGUGGAUGAUUCGAAGCACCUCACUAAAUUAAAAGAGUUACAUAUUAGAGAUUGUCUGGGACUGCGGGAGUGGCACAACCACCGUCGCCGUGUAGAAAUCAAGGUCGAUGGCCAGCCCGUGUGAAUGUUGUAGCAAAUGGAUCAGAUGCUGACAUUGCUUGAAAAUGAGUGGAUCUUUAUACGGGGCAUUCCAUCCUCUGCGUACGGCCUAGCUUCCUCGUCGUCGCGAUUGCUAUUCCGAUUUCAACAGGCCAGAGAAGAAGACCAUGAAGAUCAGAUGGCUCAAACUCGGACCACAGAAGGAGGACAUGAACAUCCUAGUGUUGGAUAUUUCCCAUAAAUUGAACAACACAAGGUAGGAAAUGAAGGGAAUAAGGAACUCUUGCUUGUUCCUUGCGUCCCC